CUGCCUCGAAACCUAACGGCACGGUUAUUCUUUAGACUCCAUUCCCCAGCAAGCUCAGCGUGUAGCGGGCGGUAUGGAGCCUCAUGUCGCAGAACUGAAGCUGAAGAUUGAGGACACGUUGUGUCCUUUUGGCUUCGAGAUUUACCCCUUCCAGGUGGCAUGGUACAAUGAACUUCUGCCUCCAGCCUUCCACUUGCCCCUACCAGGACCUACCCUGGCCUUCCUGGUACUCAGCACACCGGCUAUGUUCGACCAGGCCCUCAAGCCCUUCUUGCAGAGCCACCACCUCCAACCACUGACUGACCCUGUGGAUCAGUGUGUGGCCUACCACCUGAGGCGUGUUACAGAGAGCCUCCCAGAGCUGCAGAUGGAAGUCAUUGCUGACUAUGAGGUACACCCCAACCGGCGCCCUAAGAUUCUGGCACAGACAGCAGCCCAUGUGGCAGGGGCUGCUUAUUACUACCAACGCCAAGAUGUGGAAGCUGACCCAUGGGGAACUCAGCACAUAGCAGGUGUGUGCAUACACCCCCGAUUUGGGGGCUGGUUUGCCAUUCGAGGUGUGGUAUUGCUGCCAGGGAUAGAAGUGCCGGAUCUGCCACGGAGAAAGCCCCCUGACUGUGUACCUUCAAGAGCUGCCAGAAUUACCCUACUUGAAGGCUUCAAUUUCCAUUGGCGUGACUGGACUUACCGGGAUGCUGUGACACCCCAGGAGCGUUACUCAGAAGAACAAAAGACCUAUUUUUCUACCCCGCCUGCACAACGCUUAGCCCUGUUAGGCUUAGCCCAGCCCUCAGAGGAGUCUUGCAUUAUAUUCCCUGAGCUUCCCUUUACCACACUCACCAAGAAGCCCCAGAAUACCAGAGCCCGGAGCUGGCUCAGCCCUAGCAUCUCACCACCCAUAUCCCCUGGCCCUUGAUACCUUCCUCUUGAAAUCCCUAUCAUGAUGGUACUUGCUAGGACUUAAUAGACUUGGCAAAGCAAGAGAUUUUAUUUUGGGUACAAAAUGACCAUUUCUUGACAGAUUUUCAAUAAUAAAAAGAUUCAAGGAAGAUUUGGUCAAGACAAAUAACAGAAAUCUAUGGGAUUCUUGUCUGUUAAAAUUUCUACACAGUGCUCCAAGGAACUCCCCAAACAGUACCAACCCAAAUAGUCAUCCCCAAAUAGUACCCACCCACUAAAUAAAUAUAACAUUUUGAAACAGUGCCUGGCAUAUAGUAAAUGGAUAAUGAAGGCCCUAAGAAUCCUGUUCAUAGAUCCAAUGCUAUUUCUGAAGGGGUGGCUGAUAAGACAAGUAUGUUAUAGACACUUCUGUCUAUACUGUGGAUACUCAGUUAUGAAUCUGCCCUAACCUGAAGGACCUAGGAGAAACCUAACUUCUCCCUGUUGAGAUUCCCUUAGGACAAUGAUAUGGAUGAGGGUCAAAAAUGACUACCCUAAAAUCAUGGCUAGAAACCAGGGAAGAUGAAAAGUGAUCAGCACUAUUUCUGCUACUAUAAGCCUACCCAAGGCCACCACCAGCCAUGUGUUUGUCUUCUCCCCCUUUGACUUCCAAAGGGACCAAAGCCAACAAAGCAGGUAAACAAACACGUUUUAACCAAAGAGGCCAAAUUUCUGAUUCCCAGGCAGCCCACUCUGUAAACUUAGAUAUUAAAGUUAACCUCAUUGGGACCAUAACCUUCAACCCAACCUACUGUAUAAAUUGCAUUGCCCUGGCUAACACUAUCACAGGGCUUGCUCUUCUCCCCCAGAUGUAGUAAAGCAAAAUGUGCACUUGUUUCAAUUUACUGGGUCUACCUGUAUUUACCCUCAAUAUACUUUUAAGGCAGCUCUCCUUAUUUUUCUCCUAAAGAUGGAAAGCACAGAAAUGUAAAUUCCUCUUAAAAAUCAAAGAUUAGUAUCUCCUCUAAAAAUGAAGAAUCAUCAAGGUCUCAGUUCAAGUUUAAUAGAAACUACAAAAGAUCAAUGGGCUGAUGCCCCACUACUGGUACAUCAUAUACAUCAGAUGGCCAACCCCACAAUAUAGCUCAGGUCAUUCCCCCACCAACAGAAGAAAGGCUGGUCUCUCCAACCCUAUAGGAAAGUUAUGUCUUAGGCAUGAAAAAAAAAAAAAAAAAAAAUACAAAAGAGAUUUUGUUCUCAU